CACAGCUACAGCAGGACAAUAUGCAAGAUGUUUUACCUGAUCCUGAAGAGAUGAGACGUGAAGUGAGGAACAGUAAACAUAACUUAGUGUGUGACGAGACAGAAGGCUUUGAAGGUGUCACCAAUCGGGGGUUUAUCAUAGACAGCCCCUACUUGACGAAAAACCUGACAGCCCAAGAACCUGGCGACAUUUCGACUUCCAGUGACGAUGACGAAGAUCAGACCAGUGACUAUGAUAAUAAAGACCUGCCGUCUAGUUCAGAAAGGGGAUCUUCACAAGUCAUAAAACGACCUGAUAGAAGAUUCACAUUGCCAAGACCAUACAGCGCUUCGUUUGCUGAAGAUUUAAUCAGUUAUAAUCGGAGAGAAAAUUUCCCAAAGGCUUGGCAUUCUUUGAAAAUCAACUUUAUUGAAAGGUCGCUACUGGCAGAUAGGUCUAAAGUCGCUAGCAGUACUGGCGAAGCUCCCAGCGAAAUGCAAACUUCUAUUGAGUACGAAGACGAAAGUCUAGAAGAUCUGCCCUCGCCAGAGAACAACGGAAAACGUCCCGUCGCUGAAGAAGAUAGUCUGAGCCUUGAAUUCUUCGUGCCCGGAAAGAAAAAAUAUAUCCGGCUUCACCGCCGUACUUUCAUCCACUUUCUCUUCAAGUAUUCUAUAUUUCUUUUGACUUUUCUGUUUUGGGUAGCCAGCCUCUCCGGGAUCGGGUUCGGCACGUGGAUGCUCCUGAGCAACGGUGCGAUCAUUGACGAUGUCACCGACGUCUUCCUCGACCCGUACGUCUUGAUGUGUGUGGUCAGCGGCAUUAUAUUCCUCGUCACAUUUUUUGGAUGUGUCGGAGCUUUGCGGGAGAAUGUUUUACUUUUAAACUUGUUUCGUUUCAGCAUGACAGCCGUGUUAGUGCUUGAAGGUUUACUCAGUACCCUGGUAUUCCUGUUCUACACCAUGCCGGAGUUUAGAAGAGCCGUCAAAGUCGGCCCGGAAGAGGUUUUGAAAAAGGCGGUCAAACAGUAUUUCGACGACGAGGGCAUGAAAAAAUGGAUCGAUACUGUCCAGAAGGAGUUCAAGUGUUGCGGCGUGAGCAUGAGUGACGACGGCUACUUGGACUGGCAAGAAAACCAGUACUACAACUGCUCGGCCUCGAACCCCAGUGUGUACAGGUGUUCUGUGCCCUUAUCCUGCUGUAUCUUCGAGCCUGGUGAAUAUAUCAACUACAGAUGUGGUGCUGACAUCAUGAACAGGGAGGAACUGUAUGUGAAUCACAUGAUCAACACUAAGGGCUGUAUGAAAAGCUUUGGAGAAUGGUUGGGAAAGAAUGAUGUGGUCAUUGGUUAUGUUGCUUUAGGAGUUAUCAUUCCCCAGAUUCUUGGUGUUAUUGCGGCAAGAUACUUUGUCAAGCAUCUUUCAAAACACACAACAUGGAGGCAGUUGAGUGAUCCAGUGCAGAUCAUCUCUCCAACAUAAACCAAGAUCACAUAGUUCAAAGGGCAGCCUAGAAGAUAUAGCUAGGCUGGAGCUGCUGCCACAGAUAUGAUAAUGGUAAAAAAAAAUAA